GCCGUUUGUUCUGAUGUAAUAAUACCAGGCGAGUACCGCGCAUCCUAAAUGUGCAGAAAUAGCGGAAAAACUGCGCCGCUUCACAAACCGAGAGACGCAGGAAUAUGGAAGCGGGGAGGCCGGCUGCUGAUCGGAAACAUAACAGCUCAGACGCGCGAUAAUAUCAGUAAAUAUUUAUUGAUACCAGAAUGAGAGGCUUCGAGACACUGGACGUUUGGAUGUUGUAAUGAAGAGUGGUCACAGCUCAGCAACAAAACUCCACCAAAAAUCUGCAAUGGCUGUCACAUGUGAGAAUCUGCUGGACAGUUAAGAACCUCACCUCCCUGUCUCUUCUGGUACAAUGGCCAACUCUGUUGCUUCUUUGGUAGUCCAAACAGAGCUCCUGCCCACACAGACCCCUUCAUCCCUCUCACCAUUCCCAUCACUCCUUAACCCAUCUGAAGAAGGGGAUACUGAUGGGGAGAAAGGUGCAGAGGAAGAGAAAGAAGCUUCAACAGUUGCUCUUACAGGUGUGGAGAUGGUGACGUCUUCAACAUCACCAGUGACGACUACUACUUCACAAAACCCAGAGCAUCCAUUUCAGUGCCUGGACUGUGGGAAGAGUUUUAAGUGGUCUUCCAGGCUGGCACAUCAUCAGCGUAGCCAUAACAAUGAACGGCCAUAUUGCUGUAACCUCUGCCCUAAGGCCUUUAAGGGGUCAUCUGCUUUGCUCUACCACCAGAGGUCUCAUUCAGGAGAAAAGCCUUACAAAUGUGAUGAUUGUGGCAAAGCAUUUAAACGUUCUUCUCUCCUACAGGUCCAUCGCAGUGUGCAUACAGGUCUGCGAACAUUUCAGUGUCCUUACUGCCCUCUCACCUUCAAGUGGAGCUCACACUACCAGUAUCAUCUGCGCCAACACACAGGCGAGAGCCCUUACCAGUGUGACAGGUGCCCCAAAGCCUUCAAAAACUCCAGCAGUCUGCGCAGACACAAGAACGUUCAUUUGGGCGUCAAACCCUACAUUUGUGUUGUUUGCAGUAAGGCUUUUAGCCAGUCCACCAACCUGAGGCAGCACAUGCGUAUACACACGGGCGAGAGGCCGUACGUCUGUGACGAGUGUGGCCGCAGCUUCACACACUCCUCCAACCUGGCACUUCAUCGCAACUCUCACACAGAGGGCAAGUCAAAGUGCGGGGUGAAACUGGCAAAGGUUGGAGCAGGGACGGACAUGGAGGUGGUGCUGCAGGGUGCAACUGUGGACGAUUUAAGGGGGGUUGAGAUGACCAUAUCAGACAUGGUGGGACUUGUAGGUGGGCAGGAAGGCGAGGUCGGGCAGGUUUUUUUGUCUCACCAUGUGGCCACAUCUUCUGUACCUUCUUUAACUAAAGCCCGUCAGAACGUGUUGACCGUCGCAGACUCGGAGCAAGUGCAGGUAAACAUGGACAUACCCACAGACACAGGAGCGAACGCACCGCUUUAUAGCUGCGGCAGUUGCAAUGAGACAUUUGGAACACAGGCGCACCUAGAGGAGCAUCAGGCCCUGCAUUUGCACAGUUUAGGGGCAGCAGAUGAAGUUACCACAGGGGAUAGCAUUGAUGCUCAAGGGGGUGGGGUUUCUCUGAUUGGGAUGGCUCCCUUGUUGGCGGACUUUGAGGAGGUGGUGGAGACCACAGAGUCAGAGAGCAAGCAGAGGACCGAGAUAUUGAGUUUGGGGGGUAUUGGGAGUGAAGCCGGACAGGCUCAGUAUGACCUGCUCCAGAGCUUUACCAGUUCUGUUGCCCAGAUCCCUUCAGACGACACAGAUUCAACAGUGGACACGUCUACAUCUACAGUGUCAGAGUGUGCCUACUGUAGCAAGCGCUUCAAGAACAACAGCUCACUGAGCAGACACAUGGCACAGGCACACCAUGUGGGUCAGUCCCAGUCUCAGUCCAGAUCUCAGUUCAGCUGCUCGGUGUGUGACCACUCUUUUUCCCUGCUCUCGACGUUACUCACCCACCAGCUCUCCCACACUGAGGAGCAGAGGAUGCUGGCUGAGGCAGAGGCUGAAAUUGUCUGCCCUCCUUCGCUGUCCCUUUCUCUUCCCCUGUCUUCCUCGCCUUCUGCCAAAGGCGGGGGGGAGGAUGGAGAGCAUGAAAGGGAGAUCCACGUUAGCCUUAUCGCCGUCACAGAGGAGAGAGAAAGGCAAGCUGCCAAGCUGAACACAGGGGCAUCAGGGAAGGUAGUAAGAAGAGGAGGAAACAAGAUCUCUGUUGCAAAUAAUGAGAGACCCUAUCGUUGCUUGGAAUGUGGGAAGUCAUUUAAGGGUUCAUCAGGCCUACGCUACCACAUGAGAGACCAUACAGGAGAGAAGCCGUAUCGCUGCACAGAGUGUGGAAAAAGCUUUAAGAGAUCAUCUCUACUGUCCAUACAUCAACGGGUGCACACUGGAGUACGAGCCUUCCAGUGCCCCUACUGCCCCCUGACCUUCAAGUGGAGCUCACACUACCAGUAUCACCUACGGCAGCACACUGGCGAACGGCCCUACGUGUGCCAGGAGUGUGGCAAGUCAUUCAAAAACACCAGUUGCUUACGUCGGCACAGCCAGCUGCACUCCGGCCUGCGGCCACACGCCUGCUCGGUGUGCGGAAAGGCCUUCUCACAGACCUCUAACCUAAAGCAGCACGAGCGCACACACUCUGGUGAGAGGCCCUUCCAGUGUGCACAGUGCCACAAGAGUUUCACACACUCCUCCAAUCUCCAGCUGCACCUGCGCACUCACUCCCUACGCAAAGACUUUAAGUGCAACUGCUGCGGAAAGGAGUUCGUCAUGCACUCCUACCUGCAGCGGCACCUGCGGACACACAACGUCAGCGGAGGAGCAGAGUCCAUAAAAGAUGCAGGAAAAGUCAACAAAAGCGUGAGCACGGCGUCUGAGACGACCACGCUGAAUCUGAAUAUGAAAGCAGCAGGUGGGCUCACCUCACUGUUUCCUGCUGAUGGGAAAUCCACCGUCAUACUCUCAUCAUCCAAUCUGGACAUUCCUCCAAACACUUCACAGAAUUAUUUCAUGAUCCAGACAACAGCAGGAUUGCAACUGAUUCCACUGUCCAAUCCAGUUCCCACACAGCCAGUUCCAACCCCUCCACCUCCACCACCUCCUCCGCCGCCGCCACAAGUGCCAUCCCAGAACUACUUGCUACUUCAGUGCCAGUCCAGCAAUGGCAGCCAGCCGAAUCUAAUACUUGUCCCCACUGCACCUGGUACAAACACAUCCUCCACACCUACUGUACAACAGCCCCUUAACAUAGUGCAAACCCUGCCAGCAGUGCAGCAGAUUCUAGCACCUGCCCCAACCCAGAUUCCACAGUUUCAACCACUUCAGACCCAGCAGAGAUUUGUUUUUACCAAUAAUAGUUCACCCAUUCUUACUGCCCCACCCCAAAAUGCACCAGCCAUUACCAGACCCAUUUUAGGAACGCUCAGCUCUGUCAGAAGCACUAGAACUAGGCGUGGGCGCAAACCCAAGGCCACAAGCCAGAAAUCUGGUUCACUUUUACAGACAGCGUCUCAAGAAACUCCCUCCACUGUUUUACCUAACUCAACUGCUACUACUGUUCUGCCUUCAACUUUUUCUGAGCAACAUAACAUUCAGGUUUCAACAUCUGCGUCACCUUUGAAUUCAGACAGCAUUUCUGGCACACCCUCUGACCCCACCUCAGUCACUGUAUCAGCAGUGACUCCAACUACAUCCCCAACAGACAAUCUCUCACCAAGUGAGCCUGGGAAGGAACCAGCUGCAGAAAUGCUUCCAGAAGCACUCUCAGGAAAGCGCUUUGUUCUGUGUCUUCAAAAAGAGACUGAGGAGAGGAAGCAUGGUGAUGGAAUGGAGGUAAAGGUGGAGAUGGAUGAUGGGGGUGAAGAAGGAAGGUCUUAUGUAUUACAUUUUGAAGGAGACAGUGAACAAAGGGAAGAAGAGAAUGAAGGGACAGGAGAGAAGUCAUAUGUUCUCCAGUUUAAGGUAGACAAAGAGAUUAAAGAAGAUGGUGGAAAAGAGAAAACUGGGAUGGUUUCUCUAAACUUGCUUCAAGAGUGGGGUGGAGAUAGAGAAGGUGAAAGAAUUGAAGGGAUGGGUGAAAGUGUUGGAGUGGAGGAAAAAUCGUUUGUUCUUCAUUUCCAAACAGAUGCUCCAAAUGAAGAUAUCUCAUCAAGCGUUGAUUACACUGAAGGGCAGAGUGAAGACCUGCAGUUUUCUUGCCACCCUGCUCAAGCUUUGAUGCCUCUUGACGGACAGGAGGUUGUAUUUGAAUUGGACAGUGGGGGCAAAAUAGAUGAAGAAACAGGAAGUGGGGAAAAUGUUCAAAUGAUUGCACUAAUAGAAGGUGAAGGCAGCAGUUCUGAGACAGGGGAAGGUUUUACUAAUUCAGGGGGAGUCAUUAGCAGAGGAGGGGGCCAAAUGGAUGGAAUUUUUCAGUUAGAGAAUGGAGAACGGAUAGUUAUUAUUGAGGUAAGUACCAGUAGUUUAGGAGAAGGGGCAGAAAGAGUUUCGUUGGGAUUAAGGAACGAGCAGAAAGAAGAAGGUACAGGGCAAGAAAUAUCACAUGAGCAAAAGCUUCUGGAAACAGAGAGCGGACUAUCAGCUGGAGUGAAUGGGACUGAGGACUGAAGUCAACAUGGCUCUUACGUCAGACAAGUAUACUGCUUAAAAAGCACACGCUUGAUUUUACUAACCACUACAAACUACUAAAUUUACCAGCAAACUGCAUCUCGAAUAACACCAAUGUUAGUGAAUCCUUUUGUGGUCCAGGUGUCUUAAAAUAAUACGAAACAAGAAACCAAACAUGCUGUGGCAGACAGACACAUGAUGAAAUGGCAAAACAGAUGUUAGAUGCCAGUGCAAUGUUAGAUCACAUGUAUGAUCACCAGCCCCUAGGGGAAACUGUUUUGCAUACAUUAGAUAGAACCCAGGAGCCUUCAGUUUACUGACUGGACUGGAACACUGUCCAGUGCGGAUUUUCUCAGUGUUACCGAAUAGGCCAUUAAAUCCAGCCUAACUUUGACCAGAAUAAAGCAAUUAAUGAGGAUGGAUGAAUGAAUUAACAAAUCAUUUACUCAACUUCGAUUUCUAUUGUACAUAAAAAGGAUCUACCAAAAAGUAACUAAUGUUGGAUGAUUAUGAACUAAUGUACUGUCAUGUUGACAGGGAGAGUGUACGUUACACAAACUGUGAAUAUGUCUAUAGUUUUAGUUUCAUUAUACCUGUUAAUAGCAAAUAAUGUUCAAUAAAACAGUUGUCAAUGUCGUUUUUAAGCUAAA